AUGGCCGACUCGGACGAGAGGCUGGCUGAACGUACGGCGGCGAUGCGGCUGGACAGCGCACCGUCCCCCUCGCGUCCGGCAGACCUGGAGAUCCUGAUCCCCAACCCCUUCGAGCGCAGAGACGACGAAGGCCACGGUGCGAGGGACGCCGAGAUGCCUACGGCGAGCCCGAGGCAAGGACCAAGGGAUGGAAGGAUCGCGGCGGCGCCGGCGCUGCCGCAGCCCCCGAUGUACUCGGGGCGCACCAUGCAAGACCGGCGCGACUUCAUGCACAAGUACGAGGGCUACUUGGUGAAGGUGAACGCGCUGCAGACGGAGUGGACAGCAGCGCUGGCCAUGCCCGUGAGCGCGUGUAUCGAGACGGAUGCACGACGCAUGAUCGCUCGCUGGGAGUUCAGCGGAGCCUCACCCGAGACGAUCACGGAGGAGCAGCCGGAGCCUGAGAGUCGCAUGUUGCACUUGCAGGCCGACAUGGAGGCCAUCCUCAACCGCUUCAACGUCACGGACCUGGACUCGAGACCGUGGCCGAGCCUGGCCAUGAAGUUGCGGCAGCGACAGAGCCAUCAGGCGCAGUUGAAGCGCGAGUGGAUGGACUGA